AACUGCCCUGCUCUGCUCGCACAGGCAGGCCCGCUUUGGCUCCCGGAGUUGGCAACUUCAGGUACACACGAUUGUGGCUCUGAGCAGCACUGUCGAUGUUUCCCAGAGUAGGGCCUGGCCCAAACUUGGAAGAGUUGCGUGGACCAACUUAGUGUGUAGUCAGAACCCGAUUUGGGGUUCUCAUCCCCACUUUUUUUGUAAUGGGAAGCCGGUGAGACCGAGGUGGAACUCUGACUUCCGGUUUUCAUUUUGUGUGGGAAAUGGUAGUAUGCUGGUCAGAUUUUUGUCAACUGGACACAAGCUACAGUUAUUUGGAAAGAGGAACUCUAAAUUGAGAAAAUGCCUCCAUAAGAUUUGCCUAUAGAAAAUAGCUCCAGAGGUUAAAUAAAGCCAGGCAGAGUUCACCCAUGAGGCAGCGCACCCCUCCCGAUGUUUGGGGUUAUUUCCUCCAGAGAGAAAUUGACCCCUUGGAUUAGGUAACUAGUCACAAUGAAGAAAAUAAGUCUGAAAACUUUCAGGAAAUCUUUCAACCUGAGUAAAAGCAAAGACGAAACAGAGUUCAUGGUGGUUCAGCCGCAGUCCCUCUCUGGCGACUUUGUGAAAGAUGACUCCUUAUUUGGGAGCUGCUAUGGCAAAGACUUGGCCAGCUGCGGCACUGGCAGUGAGGAUGAGAAAGGGAAGAGCAGGUCCAAAAGUGAAAGCCUGAUGGGUACCUUGAAGAGGCGCUUGUCUGCCAAGCAGAAGGCCAAGGGCAAGGGUGGCACUGUGCCCACAGAUGAGGAUGCCUUCUCAUCGGCUUCAGCGCCUGGUGGCCUCAAGGAUGUGCGUGCCCCACGGCCCAUCCGCUCCACUUCUCUGCGCAGCCACCACUAUAGCCCCACGCCCUGGCCACUGCGUCCCACCAGCUCAGAGGAGACUUGCAUCAAGAUGGAGAUGCGGGUGAAGGCACUGGUGCAUGCUGCCAGCCCGGGCCCAGUCAACGGUGUGCGCAAGGAGCUGCGUGAUCUCCAGCCCAAGGAGCUGCAUGACCUGCAACCCAGGGAGCUGCUGCAGCCCAGGGAACUGCAUGACCUGCAGCCAGAGCCACGCCCUGAGUCCCGCUGCAGCCCUGGCUCACCCGGGGACCUGCGCCUCCACCUGGAGGAACACGUGCCUGUAGUUAUUGGACUCAUGUCUCAGGACUACCUUCAGUACACCGUGCCUUUAGACGACGGGAUGUGCCCUCUGGAAGGGCCACGCAGCUGCUGCCUAGACACAUCCUCUCCCAUGGAGGUGUCAGCUGUGCCCCUACCAGGGGCUAGUGGCACCUUCUCUGAAGAUGACAGUCAGGUGGACCAGGACCUAGUUGUAGGCCCAGAGAUCCUUGUGGAUUCAUCGGUGAACAACUUGUUGAUUGGCACCACAGGAGUUAUGUUGCAGAGCCCUAGAGCAGGUCAUGAUGAUGCUCCUCCCCUCUCACCAUUGCUACCUCCAAUGCAGAAUAACCCAAUCCAAAGGAACUUCAGCAGCCUCUCAGGCCCAGACAUGCACAUGGCCGAAAGUGUUCGCUGUCAUUUGAAUUUUGAUCCUAACUCUGCACCUGGGGUUGCGAGAGUUUAUGACUCAGUGCAAAGUAGUGGCCCAAUGGUUGUUACAAGUCUUACGGAGGAGCUGAAGAAGCUUGCAAAACAGGGGUGGUACUGGGGCCCUAUCACACGCUGGGAGGCAGAGGGGAAGCUGGCCAACGUGCCAGAUGGCUCUUUUCUUGUUCGGGAUAGUUCUGAUGACCGUUACCUUUUAAGCCUGAGCUUUCGCUCCCAUGGUAAAACACUUCACACUAGAAUUGAGCACUCAAAUGGUAGGUUCAGCUUUUAUGAGCAGCCAGAUGUGGAAGGGCAUACAUCUAUAGUUGACUUAAUUGAACAUUCAAUCAGGGACUCUGAAAACGGAGCAUUUUGUUAUUCAAGAUCUCGGUUACCUGGAUCUGCAACUUACCCAGUCAGACUGACCAAUCCAGUGUCACGGUUCAUGCAGGUGCGCUCUCUGCAGUAUCUGUGCCGCUUUGUUAUACGUCAGUACACCAGAAUAGACUUAAUUCAGAAACUGCCUUUGCCAAACAAAAUGAAGGAUUAUUUACAGGAGAAGCACUACUGAGAGAUGGGGAGCCCUGCUUCUUGCACUCUGGGGUUCAAAUGGGAGACUGGAGUACAGUUUACAGACUUACAUCGCCAUUGAAGUCUUUGCUGCCAUAACUUUUAGUUUUUAUGUGUGAAAGCGUCAUCGAUUUGUUCAGGGUGGGGAAGUGUCUGCCAGGAGCCUUGAGUUUAUUUUGGUUCUUGGAAAGGGACGUCUUGAUGGUCUAGAAGUGUGAGUUAUCUCCUUACUGUGCAGAAUCAUCACAAUGUGAACGACCAGAUUCCCCUUCACGCCCCCGUCCUUUGCUGCUAUCCACUGUGAUUCUUAUGCAUUAAAGCACAUUUCGUGUGUUUUCAAUACUAAGUAAAAUUGAAUGAAACUUAAAGAAAUAUAAAUUGCUAUGACAUUAAAUGGCCCAGUUGAAUAAACAUGUAUGGGGUAAAACAUUUACAUAUACACUGAAAAAUUAGUUUCAAGUCUCAUACUUUAAAAGAUUUGCUGAGAAUUAUGAAAUGAUACAAUUAAUAGAAUGCAAAUCUGCAACAUAUCUUGUACAACACUUUUCUAAAUUUAUUUUUUCAGGAUGUGAUAGUUGUUUUGGUUGUGAGGAGUUGAAUUUUUCUGUUGCCUUCAUUUUCAUCUUGUGGUUUGUCUCUUUCGAUAAAUGGCCUUACAUUAAAAAUCAUUAGAAGUUGUUGCCUUUUCUGUCAUUAAUCUCGGGUAUCAAUUGGCAUAACUUAAAGCCCUGUAAAGCCCAAACCAUUGGUACAAAAGUAAGAUAGCCCUGGUUUCGUGUGUGUGUGUGUGUGUGUGUGUGUG